UUAGUAUGACAACAGAGCAGUCAUCUUUAGUAUGACAACAGAGCAGUCAUCACCAAUGGGGCUUUAUUUGGGAUACAGAUUUCAAAUAUAUGCCAAACAUCCAUCCCCCAAACGGCCCUUAUCUUUGGGCCAAACUUGCAUGGAAUUUCCCUAAUGUUGAAUUCCAAAUCGACCUCUAGUGCCAUUCUCUAGUCACUGAUCUGAAAGAAUUGGAUCUAGGUAUAAGAAACUUGAUGCUCCAUCUUUUCUUUCCAUAGGCUGAUUGGAAUAACCACCACAUCCAAUCAUUUCAGGUCUACCGGAAUCAUGUAGCCUCCAAUUCCAUCACAGCUGCUCCAUAGAGUGUGAUGUCAUACAUGUUGUCUCGUCAUCCUCUUCCCCUGUCUCCAGGUGGGUGCUGUGUGCCAACCACACAGAGCCGGUCAAGGGUUUCCUGGGCCGAUUUCUGCGCAGGAAGCUGAUCGAGACGGAGAUCAACAGGAACAUGCGCAGCAACGACCUCAUCAAGGUCAUCGACUGGAUUCCCAAGACGUGGCAGCACCUCAACGGCUUCCUGGAGGCCCACAGCUCCUCAGACGUCACCAUCGGUCCCAGGCUCUUCCUGUCCUGCCCCAUGGAUGCAGAUGGCUCGCGGGUGUGGUUCACUGACCUAUGGAACUACUCCCUGGUGCCUUACCUGCUGGAAGCCGUCAGAGAAGGGCUCCAGCUGUACGGCAAGAGGGCGGCGUGGGAGGACCCGUCCAAGUGGGUGAAGGACACCUACCCCUGGAGAUCUGCCUCCUUGCAGCAUGACAGCCAGGCCCUGCUCCAGUUACGGCCAGAGGACGUGGGCUAUGACGGCUACAGCUCCUCAAGGGCGCUCCUCCAAACAAGUGUCACAGAGCGGACACGGAAGGGAGACCCACUG